CAUCACCAACAACAAUCAUGACAACCACACUCGAGUCUAGUUAAGGGCUAUCUGAAGAGAGCUGGACAGAAUUCCCUCAGACAACCUUUUUCUUAGACCAGCCUCGUAUGGUCAACCGAACGUCCAAUGAUAAUGCUGUAUCAUCAACCCGAAAGCUGAGCGCAGCGCAGCUGUACUUCUUCAGCGUCACACGUUGUGAAAAACAUCAAGACGAUACCACGUCAAGAGUGUCAAACGUCUGUCCAAACUCCCCAGUUAGUAGAGCGCUCACCAUCUGUAGACAUUGUACCUUAUACUUACUGUUGUAAAUCAAUGAUCUGGUAAAAGCCAAUCAUCCAAGACAGUGACCAUCCAAGGC